AUGCAGAAAACGCUUGCAGUCCCUCCGGCAACUGCCUCGCCGGUUAAGGAGCCGCCGACGACGAACGUCAGGCUUGAUGCCUGGAAAAAGUCGAUUGAAGGCAACAAGGUUAAGCGCUUCAACAACUACCAGGAACGGCGGUCGGAAUCAGAGAAACUUCGGGAUCAGCUGAAGUCCCAGGACAUUCCAGAGGAGCAAAAGGAGUGCAUCAAACGCAACUAUGCCGCUCAACAGGAUGCAUAUUGGAGGGACAGCCGCAAAGAAAUCACUAUUGGCGACUUCGAGCUGCUGAAGGUCAUUGGCACCGGUGCCUUCGGCAUCGUCAGGCUUUGUCGCCACAAGGGCACCGGAGAGAUCCGGGCCAUGAAGCAGAUGAACAAGAAAGAGAUGGUCUUUAAGAAUCAGGUCCACCACGUGCGUGCUGAAAAGGAGGCACUCAGCUCGGCCAAGGACGAUUGGGUUAUUGGGCUACACUACACAUUUCAAGACGAUCAGUACCUGUACAUGGUGAUGGAAUACCUGCCCGGUGGAGACCUCAUGACCUAUCUCAUGCGCAAGGACACCUUCUCGGAGGAGGAGACGCGUUUCUACAUUGCCGAACUUGUGGAGGCUAUUGACUACAUUCACACCAACUUGCAUUACAUUCACCGCGACAUUAAGCCGGACAACAUCGUCUUCGACAUUGAUGGUCACAUUCACCUCCUCGACUUUGGCUUGUGCAAGUACCAGCCCCCGGAGCCUGCCCAGGGUGAAGGUGUUCCUACUGGCAGCAGUGCAGACAGUCAAAGCAGCCCUUCAUACAGGCGUGCAAGGCAUCCUCCUCGAGAAAAAAUGCAAUCGGUAGUGGGAACGCCCGACUACAUGGGACCAGAGGUCUACAAGAAGGCACCAUAUGGAAAGGAGUGUGACAUGUGGUCGCUGGGGAUCAUCAUGUUCGAGAUGCUCUUUGGCGGUCCGCCUUUCAGCGAUGAGCGGCACGAUCCAUCAGUGACUUCUGCAAGAGUGAUGCACUGGCGGAGAUGGUUCCAUAUACCACCAGAUCCACACGUCAGCUCAGAGGCUCGCGAUCUCCUCAAAGGCCUCAUCUGCGAUCCGGCCGACCGCUUGUCAGCGGAUCAGAUACGAGUGCAUCCCUUCUUUCGAGGUCUGGACUUCAAACGGCUUCGCAGCAUGGCCCCGCCCAUCAAGCCGAUUGUCAAAGGUCCGCUUGACACCUCCAACUUCGAUGACUUCCCGGGUGCUGAUGACAAGUUCAUGAUUCCGGCCGAAAGACACAAGGUGACUGGCGACAAAACGUUGCUGGCGGCGUUCCACGACUAUGGCUACCGGCGCGACUUGGAGGCGAAGAAGCCUUCAAUCACGGCGGCACUCAGUUCAGCCAGCGUCGUGGUCAUGCAGGAGGCAUCAGCACCCAGUGGAUUGGUUCAGAGCCAUGCGCCCCCAAUGCGGCCUGCACAAGCUCAGCAAGGACCUCCCCAGCACAGCUUUGUGGCGAAUCGGGGCAAGCAGCCAGCCAAGAGUUCAAUGAGCCCAGCGAUACCAGGUGGCCCAUCAGUCGCUCGUGCUCCGUUGCCUACGCAGUGGUCUUCAAGUCCCUAUGCACCAGUCUAUGCCGGCUACACAGGCCCUGCGAAUCCGCAGCUACAGGCUUACUGCCCUGCUUCGGCCAGUGGACCAAGGCCGCCUCUUCAAGCGAUGCCGGUUGGCUUCGUUCCGGGGGCUUCGUGCCAGGGAACUGUCCUCACGUCACAGGUGCCGCUGGCAGCACCUCUGGGACAGCCCGUGCCACAGGUCAGCGCAGUAAACCACGUCGACGUUGCUCCCUUUUGCCUGCCUCGGGCUGGACAUCCGAGUGCUCCGUGA